AUGAGUGUAGAAAUGUUGGAUGGUGCCACCAUAGUGAACUUCCUCCAGGAUGAGGAAGCAUUCAGUGUGUCAGUUUGUAAGCGGUUUGCUCACCUUGACACAGACAAUGAUGGCCUUCUCUCGUACGCAGAGAUGUUGAAAGAGCUGCAAAGCCUGAGGGUGCUGGAAACCCACUUCGGUAUUGAUGUGGAGCCAGACCCGGAUGAGCUUGCUCGUGUCUAUGAAUCCUUGUUCGUACAAUUUGAUCAUAACUUGAAUGGCACCAUUGAUCUGGACGAAUUCAAAAAGGAAACCAAGCAGAUGAUGCUUGCCAUGGCUGAUGGAUUGGGUUUCUUGCCAGUUCAGAUGGUCUUGGAAGAAGACAGCAUCCUCAAAAAGGCUGUUGAAAGGGAGUCCAAUAAGGUGGUUGCUUAA